CAAACCAAAAAAAAAAAAGAUCAAAACUUGUCUUGUUUCUUGGAAACCCUAGCUAGGAAAAAAAUGGACUACGAAGCAUCAAGAAUCUGCGAAAUGGUGGUAGAAGAUGAAGAACAGAUUGAUCUACCACCAGGAUUCAGAUUUCACCCUACUGAUGAAGAACUCAUAACUCAUUACCUUAAACCAAAGGUCUUCAACACUUUCUUCUCUUCUACUGCCAUUGGUGAAGUUGAUCUCAACAAGAUCGAGCCUUGGGACUUACCCUGGAAGGCUAAGAUGGGAGAGAAAGAAUGGUAUUUCUUCUGUGUAAGAGACCGGAAAUACCCAACCGGUUUAAGGACUAACCGGGCAACAGAAGCCGGUUAUUGGAAAGCCACAGGUAAAGACAAAGAGAUCUUCAAAGCUAAAUCACUUGUUGGUAUGAAGAAAACUUUGGUUUUCUAUAAAGGAAGAGCUCCUAAAGGAGUUAAAACCAAUUGGGUUAUGCAUGAGUAUCGUUUAGAAGGCAAAUACUCUAUACAAAACCUUCCCGACACAGCUAAGAACGAAUGGGUGAUAUGUCGUGUAUUCCAAAAACGAGCCGAUGGUACAAAGGUUCCAAUGUCGAUGCUUGAAACUCGCGUUAACCGAAUCGAACCAACCGGUUUACCUUUGUUGAUGGACUGUUCUCAACAAGACUCUUUCCCUGGUUCGUCGUCAACUCACGUGACCUGCUUCUCCUCCGACCAAGAAACCGAAGACAAGAGACUUGUCGAAGGGUCUACUACAAAAGACGGUUUUGGUUCUCUGUUUUACUCCGAUCCUCUGUUUCUACAAGACAAUUAUUCACUAAUGAAGAUGUUGCUUGACGGUCAAGAAACUCAGUUUCCCGGUGGUCAUAACCCGUCCGGUUUGGUCGGACCGGAGGAAUUGGAUUGCGUUUGGAAUCUCUGAUCAGUUGUAGUCAGUCAUGCGUUCGUGUGUGUGAAUUGAAAUAUUCUUAGUUACAUUUUUUUGUAAAAAAAUGGAGAAAAAAAAUGUUAGAAAGUCAAAUUUAUUUUAUUUUACUAUGUAGCUCUUAAUAUAUUCAAUAGAAUUUUUAAUUUAGUAA